AUGAUUGCCGGAAACAGCUUGAUGCGUCUCCCGCAAGAACCACUUGUGGUCAACAAUCCCUUGAUGGGAUUCACUACAUUUUCCGCCAAGUUUUUCGAAUUUAGAACUUGGCUAGGAGUGACUACGGAACCUGUGCAGCUCAGCACCUCGAUCGACUCAAGCCUGGAUAGCUCGACAAAUUUAAGAUUCAUCAAACGAGAAGAUGAAACCGCGGAGCGGCCAAGCAGUGAUCAGCAAAAGCCGGAGAACCAGAAGAAGAAGGAAAAGACGAAAGUUGAAAAGGAUAUCAAGGGCAAGAAGAAAAUGGGUCAGUCCACCAAUCAUCCCAACGACAAAUCACUACAUGGGCCCAAACGGACAAUAGAUGAUAACAUGGCAUUUGACGGGUCACGACGCAAGAACAGGACGUCUGCUCAAGCGACUCAUAUGAUACACGCUCCCAAUCAAGCUGAUCAUACACACUCGAUCUCAACUCACGACUCACAAACCAAGCUGAAUUUAGGAAAUCUCACUAGACUUGAUUUGAAGAAGAGUAAAGACGGACGCCGGAAGAAGCCAUUUGGUUACGACCUGACCAAUUCCAAGAACAGGAAUCAAACCAUGAAUGGAUCAAAUCACAAGUCUUCCCGUCCUACGAGCCAGCCGGCGCACAUGACCCAGGCGUUGAGUGAAGACGGAAAUGCCAACCGGACAACUUCCCAAAACACCCACAAACCUGCGUCAAAGAACUCUGAACUCAAGACCAAGAAGAAGAAAACCGGACAAGGGGUAACGAAGAACCAGAACUCCACAUCAUCCGACCCCGGAAUCCACUCUUCAAGAAAUUCCAAACACACGGUGGAAACUUCGAACAAAGGCGCAAGUUCACGCAACAUGACGACCAACAGGACCGGCAAGGACAAAGGGUCAAAGAAAAAGAUGACCAUGAAGAAAGGUAAAGCUCACAACUUGACUGCUCCAUCUAACUCUUCAUCUAGAAUUGUUCCAGGUCCCAGCCCGCCGGUUAGGAACGAAACACAGGUCCCAACCCCUGUUUCUCAAGCACCUAUGGAGACUCCUUCGCCGUCGCCAACGACUUCCGAGGCCACUCCAACAGCAACUCCCGAAUCCGCUUCCAGAGCCGCUCCAGACGGAUCCGCUUCAGGAGCCACUCCCGGAAUCACUCCGGAUGCCAAUACCGGAGCCACUCCAGAUCAAAGUCCGCAAGAUGGACCAGCAAGAAACGACGGGACGCCGAUGACCAGCAAGAACGAUACGAUCGAUCAAGACACCCAAGCCGAGAAACCGAAAACUAGCGAGGCUUCGCCGGAUCCGAUGACAAGCUGGAUCAUCACGUUCAAAAUGAAUGCAACGGAGGGAGCGAUCAUCAAGUACAACUACUCGCCAGUUCUGAAAGGACUUGCUGCCUCGGUACCUGAUCGUAGCUUCACGGCACUCUCGAAAGACCCGAACAUUGAUUCAUUUGACCCAGAUACGGUCAUGAGCGCGCAACCGAACUUGGACGGGGGCCCAGUAAUGGGUGAUGCCGACGUGGUGUCUGAAGACGGUUAA